CCUGUCCUGUGCAGCCACAUCUGUGAGAUUGACAGACAAGACUCAGAGGAGUCCAGGUGGAGCAGAUCAUAUCCUGACUCAGUAUUGCCACAGACGCCCAAACUGUCCUCAGAAGGCCAGUCUCAGCCCCUCCCCGGAAGUAACCAUCACACUUCUCAGCCAUGGACGAUGAGGUGACGGAAGAGGAGGUAGAGAAGUUUCUGGACUCCAAUGUCAGCUUUGCCAAACAGUAUUUCGACCUCCACUACCGAGCUAAGGUCAUCUCAGACCUGCUGGGGGCCAAGGAGGCGGCCGUGGACUUCAGCACCUACCACCCGCUGAGCAGCGUGGAGGAGAGUGAGAUCAUCUUCGACCUUCUGCGGGACUUCCAGGAGAACCUGCAGGCCGAGAAAUGCAUCUUCAACGUCAUGAAGAAGCUGAGCUUCCUCCUGCAGGCGGACCGCAUGAGCCUGUUCAUGUACAGGGCCCGGAAUGGCAUCGCCGAACUCGCCACCCGCCUCUUCAAUGUCCACAAAGACGCGGCCCUCGAGGAGUGCCUGGUGGCGCCCGACUCCGAGAUUGUGUUCCCCCUGGACAUGGGUGUGGUGGGCCACGUCGCACACUCUAAAAAGCUCACUAACGUCCCCAGCACAGAAGAGGAUGAACAUUUCUGUGACUUUGUGGACACCCUCACGGAGUACCAGACCAAGAACAUCUUGGCUUCCCCCAUAAUGAACGGGAAGGACGUGGUGGCCAUCAUCAUGGCUGUGAAUAAAGUGGGUGGGCCCCACUUCACCAAGGGAGAUGAAGAGAUUCUGCUCAAGUACCUCAAUUUUGCCAAUCUAAUUAUGAAGGUGUUCCAUCUGAGUUACCUGCACAACUGUGAGACUCGGCGUGGCCAGAUACUGCUGUGGUCUGGGAGCAAAGUCUUUGAAGAGCUAACGGACAUCGAGAGGCAGUUCCACAAAGCCCUGUACACGGUCCGAGCCUUCCUCAACUGCGACAGAUACUCUGUGGGGCUCUUAGACAUGACCAAGCAGAAGGAAUUUUUUGAUGUGUGGCCAGUCCUGAUGGGUGAAGCGCCACCAUACACUGGCCCAAGGACUCCGGAUGGAAGGGAAAUCAACUUUUACAAGGUCAUUGAUUACAUCCUGCAUGGCAAGGAAGACAUAAAAGUAAUCCCGAAUCCACCUUCUGACCACUGGGCUUUAGCAAGUGGUCUCCCCACUUAUGUUGCUCAGAAUGGUUUGAUUUGCAACAUCAUGAAUGCGCCUGCAGAGGACUUUUUUGAAUUCCAAAAAGAGCCUCUGGACGAGUCUGGGUGGAUGAUUAAAAAUGUCCUUUCUAUGCCUAUUGUGAACAAGAAGGAAGAAAUUGUUGGGGUGGCCACAUUUUACAAUCGCAAAGAUGGGAAGCCCUUCGAUGAAAUGGACGAGACCCUCAUGGAGUCUUUGGCUCAAUUCCUAGGCUGGUCUGUCUUAAAUCCUGAUACCUAUGAGUCCAUGAACAAACUUGAAUAUAGGAAGGAUAUUUUCCAGGAUAUGGUAAAAUAUCAUGUGAAGUGUGACAAUGAAGAAAUCCAGAAAAUCCUGAAAACCAGAGAGGUGUAUGGGAAAGAGCCGUGGGAAUGUGAGGAAGAGGAGCUGGCUGAGAUCCUGCAAGAAGAGCUGCCAGAUGCAGAGAAAUAUGAAAUUAAUAAAUUCCACUUCAGUGACCUGCCCCUGACAGAACUGGAGCUGGUGAAAUGUGGGAUACAGAUGUAUUAUGAGCUCAAAGUGGUAGAUAAAUUUCAUAUUCCUCAAGAGGCGCUGGUGCGGUUCAUGUACUCCCUGAGCAAGGGCUACCGCAGGAUCACCUACCACAACUGGCGGCACGGCUUCAACGUGGGGCAGACCAUGUUCUCCUUGCUGGUGACUGGAAAGCUGAAACGAUACUUCACAGACCUGGAGGCCUUGGCCAUGGUCACCGCUGCCUUCUGCCACGACAUUGACCAUAGAGGCACCAACAACCUCUACCAGAUGAAGUCCCAGAACCCACUGGCCAAGCUCCAUGGCUCCUCCAUCUUGGAAAGACACCACUUGGAGUUUGGAAAAACAUUGCUGCGAGAUGAGGGCUUAAACAUCUUCCAAAACCUCAAUCGCAGGCAACAUGAACAUGCAAUCCACAUGAUGGACAUAGCCAUCAUAGCCACAGACCUCGCCCUGUAUUUCAAAAAGAGGACCAUGUUCCAAAAGAUCGUGGAUCAAUCGAAGACAUUUGAAACGCAACAGGAGUGGACGCAGUACAUGAUGCUGGAACAGACGCGGAAAGAAAUCGUUAUGGCCAUGAUGAUGACCGCCUGCGAUCUCUCAGCCAUCACCAAGCCGUGGGAGGUGCAGAGCAAGGUAGCUCUGCUGGUGGCUGCUGAAUUCUGGGAGCAAGGUGACCUGGAGCGCACGGUGCUGCAGCAGAACCCCAUUCCCAUGAUGGACAGAAACAAGGCGGAUGAGCUCCCCAAGCUGCAGGUCGGCUUCAUCGACUUCGUCUGCACCUUUGUCUACAAGGAAUUCUCCCGCUUCCACGAGGAGAUCACGCCCAUGCUGGAUGGGAUCACCAACAACCGCAAGGAGUGGAAAGCACUUGCUGAUGAGUAUGAGGCCAAGAUGAAGGCUCUGGAAGAGGAGAAGCAGAAGCAGCAGGCAGCCAAGCAAGCAGCCACGGGAAAUCAGCCCGGGGGGAACCCCAGCCCUGGAGGGGGCGCCCCUGCAUCCAAGUCCUGCUGCAUCCAGUAGCCCAUGGGGAACCCACUGACCAGAAUGGCACUGCCCUGCGUGCGAAGAGAUCACCCAAGCCACGGGCAAACAGGACACCUCUUGAGAAGUAAGAGCCACAGGAUUUGCAAGCUGAAUGAGAACUUAGCCUAUAUCUUACCGAGGGCCUUUCAAGUUCUCAGCCUUGAGAACUUUUGAUUGAUCUGAAACCAACAUUCUAGCUGUCAUCGACAUCAAUUAAAUAUGUAGUGAAUGCCAGGUUCAACUG